AUGGGCGGCCAGAACUCGGUGCUUUCCCCGCCAGACAUGCUCGACCACCACCAUCAGUACCCCGAUAUGAAUAUGAUCUUCAAGGGGAUCCCGAAGAUGAUACAGGUGGCCGAUGACAUGCACCGGAUGACAAACUACAUCAUGGACCUGCGGAAUAUGACAGCGGUCCUCAUGGUGAUCUCGGCCAUCGGGUGUGUUGGAUUCCUGAUCAUGCGAGCAGCCAGUCGGAAGGGGUCGAAGCGGCGCAGGAGGAGCUCAAGACUGGAAGGCGGAUUCCCUUACGUUGCCGCAGCACCGCCUGGACCGUACCCUCACUAUUACCCAUACCCCGGCUACCCACCGGUUGAUGGAACUUGGGAAAGGCCGAAGAGCACAUUUUCGCAGCAUAAUGAGAUGGAAGAGAAAAAGCCGCUCGACAGCCGAAAUUCGCCAGAAACCGCGAAGCUGAACGGGCAUGCCGGUGGUAGCACCUAUAAGAGCUUCUCGCAGGAGGACUCGAUCCUCCCGAUGGACAGCGAGAAGAAGUUGCCGGCGCUGAUGAGCAGCUCGGUGCCGUCGGACGUGCCAGCCUACCGGGCCCCCGCCGGCGCACACAAACGCCCCUUCGAACCCGUGAAACUAAUCGUCGAAGAUCUUCCAUAUGCAGACAGCCAC